AGUCACAAAAUCGAACCUGUGCGAUGCAGGUCCCUUUUGUGGAAUUCAUAUGUGGUAAUUUGGAUCCUAGUCCAUGGCAUGAUGGAGUUGUUGGUGUUUGCUGGUUUGAAGUAUACGUUUAUAUCCCUUUGACUUUAUUGUGUACAAUCAUCUCAUUCAUUUAUUGCGUUGUCCUAUGGCGGCACUUAGCAUUUGACAGUUUUUAUUGUUCAGUCUUCUAUUUUCGAGUGGCCAUAGAUAUAACAAUCGUUACCAGCAGUGGUGUGAUUAUCGUUCUCGGGUUUCUUCUUCCAUACUACGAGGAGGGGUUUUCUAUUAACUCUCGUUUUUUUGCAAUUCACAGUUUCAUAACAGUAAUACUCUGGAUUACAACACUAAUCCUUGAUUAUCUCCAUGGUAAAGCCCUCAAAUAUUCUUCAAGGGGUUCUCGGAUUCAUCUUUCGUUUUCAAUAAUAUACUUCUUUUGCUUAGCUAUAAACUGCUGGUCUUUUCGUAGAGAAGUGGAUGCGCUAUGGAGACCAUAUGUUAUUGUUAAUUGCUAUAUUCAAUUACUCCUGUUAUGUCUGCAUUUACUUUCCAAGGUCCCAGUGUUCUACCCCUCGGAAGAGCCUAGGCGCAGAAGGGCUAGGAUCUUAAGACAAAAUUCCAAUAGCAUCCAGUUGUCUACAAGUUAUCAGUCAAAUGAAAUUACACAGAGACCCACUUCGCAAAAUGUUAAUGACCGUGAAGAUUCGGCUUCAUGGUUUUCAAAGUUAUGUUUUUGUUGGGUUAAUAAUCUAGUGCGUAGUGGUUAUUACGGAGAAUUGUAUUCACUCACAAAUCUACCUUUGGUCCCUAAACGUCUGAAUACAUACACUUUGGAAUCAAAAGUCCCUAAAUUAAAGUUGAAAUCUGUAACUAUUGAUGAAACGAUUAGACAAAGUCACGAUAUUUCUAACAAAGGGUGUUCUAUCAAAGCUUGUGUUCCAUUUUUAAAAGCAAGUUAUGAAGCAUUCGGUCGUGAAUUCCUGUAUCUCGGUUUGCUCAAACUUUUACUUAGUGGCUUCGGUUUAUGUGGUCCAGUAGUUUUAAAUCAUUUCAUUCUAAACGUGACAAACUCCGAAACUCCCUCAUGGUCUUGCAUUCUUGUUGGGUUCGGACUAGUUUUUUUGUCAUUGAAGAUAGCAGUUUUGAGCACAUCUUACAAUUACAAAAUGGCAAGUUUCGGCUUCAAAGUUAGAGUCAGUGUAACUGGGAUGGUUUACAGGAAAAUUUUAUCCCUUAAAACUUCGUCACUUAAUUGUAUUGGAACGGGAUGUUUGGUUAAUUAUCUGACCUCUGAUGCUGAUAGAAUAGUCAAUUUCGCACCUAGUAUUCACGAAGUGUGGGCAAUGCCUCUGCAAUUAUCUGUUGCAAUCGGACUACUUUACCACCAACUCGGGCUUGCCUGUUUAGUAGGCAUUGGGUUUCUACUUGUGUUACUUCCUCUGAAUCGUAUUUUAGCAACAAAAAUCGGGAAGUUUAGUCGCCGUUUGAUGAUGUUUAAGGAUACACGGAUUAAGUUGAUGUCUGAAAUUCUAUCAAAUACGCUUUCAGUGAAACUAGCAUGUUGGGAGAAUUUAAUGAAAAAUCGUCUCAUGCAUUCUCGCAUUCAGGAGUUGAACGCUCUACGUGGUCAAAAGUUGCUGGACGCUUGUUGUGUAUUCUUUUGGGCUGUCUGUCCUGCAUUGUUAGCCAGUUCAACAUUCGCAACUUAUGUGGCUAUCGGUAACGAAUUAAAAGCUUCUGCGGUAUUUUCUAGUCUUGCAUUAUUUGGAAUGUUGAUUGGUCCGAUGAAUGCUUUUCCUUGGGUUAUUAAUGGCGUUAUGGAAGCAACUAUUUCCAUGCAACGUAUUACAAAACUCUUCUAUUUAUCAUCUGGUUCAUUUUCAUUAGAAUUAACUGAUACGCCGCUCUCUGAUGUUGGAAUUCCAACAGAUAUUCCGAUUGUUUGUUCUUUUGCCGAAAAAUCUACUAUCAGCAUGCCAGUAAACAUUAUGAAUGAAUCAUUCUAUUAUACUAACUGCGAUAAUUUAGUUUUAAAAAAUAUCACUCUCCAGGUGCAGUGGGGACAAUUAAUCGGUAUAAUUGGACCAGUUGGUUCCGGGAAAUCAUCUUUACUUCUAAGUAUAUUGGGUGAACUACAAUCGGUUGUUCCAGAAGACGAACUUAGAAAUGAAAGUAUGAAAACGAAUCCACGACUUCGAUAUGCUUAUGUGGGACAAACUCCAUGGCUUCAUUCUGGAACUAUACGCGAAAAUAUUUUAUUUGGCUCAGAUUGUGAUUUAGCAUGGAUGAACACUGUAAUUGAAGCGUGUGCCUUAAAAGUUGAUCUGGGUAAACUUCCGAAUGGUUUAGACACAGAUGUUGGUGAAGCUGGCGGAAACAGUCUUAGUGGAGGUCAACGGGCUCGUGUUGCUCUUGCUCGAGCUGUUUAUCAAAAGGCCGAUGUUUAUCUUUUAGAUGACCCAUUAUCUGCACUUGAUGUUGAUGUUGGUCAACAGAUUAUCACCAAUUGUUUACUUGGUCUUUUAUCAGGAAGAACUAGAAUUAUCGUCACACACCAGUUGGAUUGGUUAAUGAACACUAAAAUUGUAAAUAAACGUGCUCAAGUGGAUUUUAUUGUUGAAUUAAAAGAUGGGAUAAUUACUCGAAAAAUUCCAGGUAAUCUUUACCCUGACAAUGAUGAUAACGAUCAUAUGCAUCAACCCAUUCUUGACAUCAACAGCAGUCUUCCUUAUAAUGAAUCCACAUUAUCCAGUGAUAAUCAUCAUGACAGUAGUGAAAACAAUAAUAAUUCGACGUUGGAAAAUGAUGAUGUUCCGUUAAUUACUAUUAAAGAAUACAGCAGUGUCAAUCAAUCCGAAUUCAGUCCGAAUUGUGUAAUCAAUAAUAAUAACAAUAACAAUGUGAAUAUAAAUAUGGAAUAUAUGGCAGUCGGUUCCAUUAGUCCCCAUGUCUACAAAUCGUAUAUUCAUUCUGUUGGCUACUUUUUAACAUUCUCCAUUAUUUUGUCUUUAUUGUUAAUGCAAGGUACUCGAAAUGCAUCUGAUUGGUGGUUAUCAUACUGGGUACAAAAUGGGAAUUUAUCUGCAGUAGUUUCAUCAUUUCAAGACUCAUCUUACCAAAUAGAAUUAUUCCCAGAUAAUCAUACGAAAAAUAUUCACUCAACUCAUAAUUUAUCAUCAAUUAAUUACAAUUCAUCCAUUAAUGAAUUGCUUCAAACGAGCAUACAUUCUGCUGUACGGUUUGGUGAACCUAAUUCUAUCACUGGAUAUUAUUACUUAGAGAUCUAUGCAUUUGUAGUGAUAAGUAAUCUGAUUGCUACAAUAUUUCGUGCUGUUUUAUUUGCUUUCGGUGGUCUAGUCGCUGCAUCUGUUGUUCAUGAAUCUGCUUUGGACACAAUUUUGGAGGGACGACAGAAUUACUUUAAUACUACACCGCAAGGUCGUAUUCUGAAUCGUUUCUCAUCUGACGUUGGUACAGUAGAUGACGCAUUACCAUUCCAAUUAAAUAUUCUACUAGCCAGUUUAGCUGGAUUAUUGGGUGCAUUAGUUAUUGUUUGUCUAUCACUACCAACGUUAAUCUUCUUUCUGCUACCUCUUGUAUUCAUUUUCUGGUCUAUUCAAAGGCAAUAUCGUGGAGCUGCUAGAGAUCUAAAGCGAAUUUCUAGUAUUGUUCGUUCACCUGUUUAUGGUCAUUAUACCGAUACUUUAUCUGGAUUAGCAGUAAUACAUGGUUUAGGUCAAGAAAUCCGUUUUCGACAAUUAACAGCUUGUAAAUUAUCUGAUCAAAUACGUGCUGAGUUAGCUAGCUUGGCUGCUAGUUGUUGGUUAAGUAUAAGACUACAAUUAAUUGGCAGUGCUGUGAUUACUGGUGUGGUCAGUGUAUCAUUAAUUGGUCGAUUGUUUGACUGGACACAUAUAGCUUCUAUUGGUUUGUCGGUUGUGUAUGCACUUAAUAUUUCCGGUUUAAUGACUAGUGUUGUGUAUGAUAUGACUGAAACAGAGAAAAAUCUUGUAGCUGUAGAACGUUGUCAAGAAUUAAUUGAUGAUACUCCAAUUGAACAUGAUAUUGUAUCAAUUAAACCCAUGGUGUUUGUCGAUGGAAUAGAUGUUCGCACUAUUCCUCUCACCUUACUUCGUUCUCGGAUUCUAACUAUUUGUCAGGAACCAUUUCUCUUUUCUGGGUGCUUACGAGACAAUCUAGAUCCUGAGAAUAAGCUAAAUGAUUCUGUAUUGGAAGACGUUUUAUUGAAAUGUCAACUGGCUACAAGUCGUUUACAAGCCUCUCAGUGGUUACUUCGUGAAGUUGGUGAAUCAGGACGAGAUAUAUCUGCCGGGCAAAGGCAAUUGAUUUGUUUAGCUCGAGCUUUACUUCGUCAACCUAGGCCAAAAAUUAUUUGUUUAGAUGAAGCCACUGCUUCAGUGGACAACAAAUGUGAAGAAACUAUUCAUCAAGUCCUUGACCAAGAAUUUCAAGGAGCCACAAUAUUACUCAUAGCCCAUCGACUUGCUUCAGUUCGUCGUUUAUGCUCACGUGUUAUAGUCAUGCAGUCUGGACGAUUGGUUGCAGAAGGUCCACCAAAAGAAAUUUUAGAUGCCUUAUUCAAUCAUAUUGAAACCAGAGAUCUGGUCACAUUAUAAACAGUGACAUUAAUUUAUAGAUCUGAUCUGUUAGCUAACUAAAUUAUGCAUUAUUGUUUUACUAUUUUUAAUAAUAUGUAUUUGAUUUCUUUCUGAUUAACAAUGUAUUUUUGCUAAAGGUACAUAUUGGCUGAGAAAAAGUAAUUUUUUGCCUUCAGUGUAGUACGUCAGUCAGUCAGCUACAACGUAGGACCAGGCACAUAUAUGCAUUGGUCCAAGUUGCCAUACCUCAUUAACAUAACAAGAUGGACACCGGAUUCAUAAGAGCAGUUAAUUCAGAGGUGGUAAUAU